CCGCCGCCCCUCACUCUGCAAUCAGCAAACGUUGAGAGUACACGCAAACUUACAAUCAAUCCUAACCAUGGUCGUGAAACUAGCCCACGCUGCGUUGUACGCGGAUGUCUACCCGGCGUUGCCGAAGUACCGUGGAAGACAGAUGGACUGUGCGACUGAGAAGCGCCACAAACUGUCUGCCUUACCAGCUCUUGUCGAAGAUGAUUCUGAAUCAGAAAUUUUCGAAGUAGAACAGGAGAGAUCUUAUAUUCUUCGUACUGAAGGAUUGAGAAGGCAGAAAUCAAUUUCUCCUCAGCGUAGAGAGAAGAUGCGCCGUCAAUUAGCGCUCCCAUCGCUCUCUGAAGACGAGGAGCCUUGAGGCUUAAGGAGAAUCAAUUUGGAAUGGAGCUUAGAAGCUGUAGAACAGCUGGUCCUGUUUACUCAAAUCGCAGAAAAUGAAUCUCGGCGCCUGGAAACGUCUCAAGUCAAACGGAGAUGCUCCAGCAUCGAAUCUGCACGCCGGUCGCAAAAAUGUGAAUGUAUUGUGACGGAACAUUAUGAAGUUGCAGUUUAUUUGUGCGAUUACGACAGGAUUUUGACAUUAUGUCAAAUAUGAACUGUGAAGUGAAACAAAUGUUGUAAUGUUUAAUCGUAUAUCAUAUUUUAAAAAACGUGUAAAGUUAAAUUUAAGGUCUUGAUAAUAAAGUUGUGUUUUAAAAAAUA